AUGGUUCCUACAAUUAUCGUUCAUGGAGGUGCAGGAGAUAUUCCUGAGAGUAGGGUAGAAGGAAAACUGAAAGGUGUAAAACUUGCAGCAGUUAUUGGACAGAGAAUAUUAUCUGAGGGAGGUAGUGCUCUAGAUGCUGUAGAGGCUGCUGUUGUUUCAAUGGAAAAUGAUGAAUAUUUUAAUGCAGGAUAUGGAUCCGUUUUAAAUGUAAACGGAGAAGUUGAAAUGGAGGCUAGUAUAAUGAGUGGAAAGGAUUUAAAUGUUGGUGCUGUAACUUUGAUUAAAGAUUUUCUACAUCCAAUAAGUAUAGCUCAUAAAGUUCUGACUGAUUCGCCACAUUCAUUACUGGGUGGCGAGGGGGCUAAAUUAUUUGCGCUUGAGAAGGGUUUUACAACUGUUCCUCCGGAAUCUUUAAUAAGUCAACAUGCCAGGGCUGCAUUAAAUUCUUUCUUGCAACAUGGGGAAUUUGGUAGGACUGAAAUUGGAAUGGAUACUAAAAGUGAUGUAGGGACUGUAGGUGCAGUGGCCCUUGAUAGUAACGGUCAUAUAGCGGUAGCAACAAGUACUGGAGGCAUGAGUGGUAAGGCUGUUGGUAGAAUUGGUGAUACACCACAAAUAGGAAGUGGUACAUACGCUGAUGAUUAUGUAGGGGGAGUCUCUACAACAGGUCAUGGUGAAACCAUACUGAAAUACUGUUUGGCCCACAGCAUUAUAAAGCUUAUGGAAAAUGGUAAAGAUGCGAGUGCUGCUACUAAAAUGGCAGUGGAAGGAAUGACCAAAAGACUGAAUAACACCGCAGGAGCGAUAACUUUGUCCAAAAAUGGCGACGUUGGUAUACAUUUUAGUUCACAACGAUUGGCCUGGGCGUACAUAAAAUCAAAUAAAUUAUUUUACGGUAUUAACCAUGAUGAAGUUUUUGAGGACGAUGUUUCUCUAUAA